AGAGCAGCAAAAUCAAAAACCGCUUCAAGAUUUGAAAUGGGAAAAGAGAUUGUGGUCACUUCACUUCCCAUGGUUGGGGGAGAUGGCCCCUUCAGCUACUCCAAAAACUCCCAAAUGCAGAGACGAACAUCAAAUCUAUUAAAGGACAGGAUCGAAAAACUGAUAAUGGAGAAACUCGAUGUCGAAACCCUAAUUUCACGAUCGAACAACACCAUCUGCGUAGCAGAUUUGGGUUGUGCCACUGGACCAAACACAUUCCUCCACGUCGAAAACAUCAUAAAAUCCAUCAAAUCGAACUUAGAAUCAAGAUCCGACAAAUACCCAUCUCCCGAAUUCCUGGUCUUCUUCAACGACCUCCCUUCCAAUGAUUUCAACACUCUCUUCACUGCGCUCCCGCAAGACAGGAGCUACUUCGCCGUGGGAGUUCCGGGCUCGUUUUACAGCAGAUUACUGCCGGAAUCGACCGUACACGUGGCCGUGGCACUCGCCUCCACGCACUGGCUGUCACGUGUGCCGGAGGAGUUGUUGGACAAGAACUCGAAGGCUUGGAACAAAGGGAGGAUCCAUUACUCGAGUGCACCGGAGGAAGUGGUGAAAGCUUACGAGGAUCAGUUUGGUCGGGACAUGGAGGAGUUCCUGGAAGCUAGGGCUAAGGAGAUUGUUCCCGGAGGUUUGGUGGUUGUCGGAAUGUGCGGUAUUCCUCGUGGAAUCCCGUUUUCGAAUCUCGCUGCUGGUAUUAUGUACGAAACCAUGGCCGAUGUUCUCCACGACAUGCGUUCUGAGGGUUUGGUUACCGAAGAUCAAAUCGAUACAUUCAAUUUACCGAUCUACCAUGCCUCGCCCGAGGAAGUAAGAGAUUCCGUCGAGAAGAACGGGUCUUUCACGAUCGAAAUCAUGGAGCUUAUGGAUCCGUCGGCUUGGCUUAAAUGGAGAAUGAAUUCGGAAGACGUGAGAGAAUGGACAAGGUGCAUAAGGGCAACAAUGGGAACAUUCUUCAUCACGCAGUUCGGGGAAUAUGUCACGGAAGAAAUACUCGAACGUCUCACAACUAGACUCAUCGAUGUCACGGACAAGCUCGAGGACAGCUACCGAGAGAAGAUCAUGCUGUUCUUUGCUUUGAAACGAAAAUAACAAGCUUGGGAAUAUGUUUUUGCUGGUUUUCACCGGUUUAAUCUGAACCAGUUGAUUAAAUGCGUGAUUGUUUUCGGUUUGUUUUC